UGGGAUUGAGGUGGGGGAGUACUUGAGAUAUUAAAGCAUAAAAAUAUCGUACUUGCACAAGUAAUGCUACUUUUUGCAGGAUUAUUUUGGAAAUGCCUCAGAGCUUGGCCCAAGGACCUCUUUUUUUCUUGUUAAACACAGCUAAAGGCUGUCACUAGGCACCACUAUAUGUUUCCUUUUGCAGAUCCAGUUGUACAGGAAAUACAAACUCUAUGAUUGUAAUAACACUGCUCUCCUUGUAAAAUACUUCAAUGAAGUCUCCAUUGCAGAGAGGUUAAUAAUUUGCAAGAUGAUGCAGUAAGGGCAAAGGUCUUUCCAAGGUUCACUAACUGGGAAAUUCAUGGGAGUCUUGACAGCCAAUUCUUUCUAAGCCUUCGGCAGCAAAUAUGUUGGAAAUUACAGACCUUCAGAGUGAUCCCUUAAGAUUGCUGUGAUUCUGAUGGUACCAAUUUCAUCUAUUGUAGAAAUUGGUGUUGGGCUUGUUGGCUUUGGGAUGUUCUUCCUCCUGUUUGGUGUAUUGUUGUACAUGGAUUCAGUGCUUUUGGCCUUUGGAAAUAUCUUGUUCCUGUGUGGCUUGGCUGUUAUAAUUGGAUUAAGAAGAACUUUUGGAUUCUUCUUCCAAAAGCAGAAGCUUAAGGGAACCAGUUUCUUUCUAGGAGGCAUAAUAAUUGUUCUGUUUCGGUGGCCUCUACUAGGCAUGCUGCUGGAGACCUAUGGUUUCAUUAAUCUCUUCAGGAGCUUUUUCCCAAUUGUUUUUGGAUUUCUGGAUCACUGUGAAUAUCUCAUUUUGAACAAGCUGUUUCAGAAAUUUGGAGACACCGGCUCUGCAGUGUAACUUCAAUGAAUGACUUGUCACCGGAGACAAGUUCCCUUCUUACAAGCACAGACAUUUUUUAUGAAUAGCCUGCUACCUCAACAGUGCAUGUUAUUUAGUGCUGAUUUAAAUAAUUUAUAUGAUCACUGUCAGAAAUGUGCAAGGUAAUUGGUAGAAUCAUUUCUUGUAAAAGGGGCAAUUAUAAUAGGGUUUCCCACCUUGUGGUGCUGGUUUAUACAUACUUGAUUGUGACAAUGCUGUGUCUUUUAAAUAUACAAAAACAUACCUUGAUGUUCUUCAAUACCUGGAAGUAUCACACGUUGGGUAACAAGGGCUUGACAGCAAUGCAUCCAGAAAUGUCAACUUGAUUGUGGAAAUAUAUCUGAAUGAAAUCUUCAAUAUUCAAGCAAGGACUAACACACAAAUUGAACUACUUGUAUAAAACUAAAAAGAAAAUAACUAAUAUUUGAUUUUAUCUAAACUACAUAGAGAAUGGGAAACAGGAAGCUCCCUUUGUCUCUUAAAAUAUAAAAAUCCCCUUUAGUAAUAAUAGGCCAGGUGAAAAACACAGAGGCAGAAUAUGAAAAUAUUUCCUCCUUCCCCUCUCUCUUAUUUUCUCUGCCCCCUGUUAUAUCUUUUGCAUUAGCAAUAAAAAUUAUGGAUGCAGUGAGCAGCAAUACUACCCCAAGGCCAAUAAUUUAUAUUAUCUUCAGCUCUUUAAAAUCUCUAUCCAAAAGAGACAAUAGAAUAAAAGAAGGGAAGGACUUGGAGAGAUAAAAUUAGAAAUAGUAAUUUAGCAGAUUUUUUUUUAAAGUAGAGUAUAACAGAACAACUUUUAAAUACGUCAAUUUCCCUAAUAAAUUUUUGCUAUUCUUUUUUCUGUAGGCAAGUUCAACGGGAAAAUAUAUUGGGUACAAAUAUUGUUUGGGUUUCCUAUUUCAAAUCUUAUGACAAAAUGAUGCAGGGGAGAGUUUUUGUAUAAUGUAUAUUUUGCAAUACAUUUUAUAUAUCAAAAGAA